AACUCCACACAAUAACGCUCUAAGUCCUAGCCCUUCUCUCUUUCAUAAGACACUUCCAUAUUUUGCUAUUGAAUACCAUCGGUAACAUACUCGAUGGAGCUUCGAAUCCUGCUAGCACUUAUGUUUGCUCCUCUUCUUUUCUCCCCAACUAUUUUGGGCUACAAUCUCAUAGAAGUAAAAUCUUGGUGCAGCAAAACACCCAACCCAGCACCAUGUGAAUAUUUCUUAAGCCACAACACCAAAGACACUGCAAUCACGAAAGAAUCUGAUUUUCUCAAAAUUUCUAUGCAACUAGCUUUAGAGCGCGCAUUGCAUGCAGAAUCCAACACCUACUCUCUAGGCACAAAAUGCAGAAAUGAGCAUGAAAAGGCAGCUUGGACAGAUUGCCUUGAGCUCUAUGAGUAUGUGAUCGACUGGCUCAAUCAAACCACCACCAGCAAGUGCUCUGAAUUUGAUGCACAAACAUGGCUUAGCACCGCCCUAACCGAUAUAGAAACAUGCCGAACCGGAUUCAUAGAGCUGGGAGUGCCUGACAACGUUUUACCCUUGAUGUCAAACAAUGUGUCCAAGUUAAUUAGCAAUAGUUUGGCUAUUAACAAGGUGCCGUACACUGAACCUAGUUACAAAGAAGGUUUCCCCACAUGGGUUAAGCCUGGUGAUCGAAAGCUCCUGCAAUCAUCUUCGACAGCUUCUCAAGCUAAUAUUGUGGUGGCACAAGAUGGCUCAGGGAAUUACAAGACGAUUGCGGAAGCAGUUACCGCAGCAUCAAAAAGAUCAGGAACUGGGAGGUAUAUAAUAUAUGUGAAGGCAGGGACUUAUAAGGAAAAUAUCGAGAUAGGAAAAAAGUUGAAGAAUAUUAUGUUCGUGGGUGAUGGCAUGGGGAAAACUAUCGUUACAGGAAGCAGAAGCGUUGGAGGCGGCAGUACAACUUUCAAAUCAGCUACCUUUGCUGCUGUUGGAGACGGGUUUAUUGCUCGGGAUAUGACAUUUAGAAAUACAGCCGGACCCCGAAAUCAUCAGGCAGUGGCUUUACGUUCGGGCGCUGAUCUCUCGGUAUUUUAUAGAUGCAGCUUUGAAGGAUAUCAAGACACUCUUUAUGUCCAUUCUCAAAGACAAUUCUACAGAGAAUGUGACAUAUAUGGGACAGUGGACUUUAUAUUCGGUAAUGCUGCAGUGGUUUUCCAAAACUGUAAUAUCUAUGCACGCAAUCCCCCUAAUAAGACCAACACCCUUACUGCUCAAGGCAGAACAGACCCCAACCAAAACACUGGCAUUUCCAUCCAUAAUUGCAGGGUUACAGCAGCUUCCGAUUUAAAACCAGUCCAAAGCUCGGUCCGGACUUACCUUGGCAGGCCAUGGAAACAAUACUCUAGGACUGUUUUUAUGAAAACAUUCCUUGAUAGCUUAAUCAACCCUGCUGGUUGGAUGGAAUGGAGCGGUAACUUUGCUCUUAAUACUUUAUACUAUGGAGAGUACAUGAACACUGGCCCUGGUUCAUCCACUGCUAAUAGAGUUAAAUGGAAAGGCUAUCAUGUGAUUACCAGUGCAUCCGAGGCAUCACAGUUCACUGUCCAGAAUUUCAUUUCAGGAAAUUCUUGGUUACCAGGCACCAAUGUCCCCUUUACUUCUGGCCUUUAAUUAAUUUUUCCAUUAUUUUGUUAUUUUAUGGGUAUUAAUUGAGUUCCCUGGGGCAAUAAAAUAAAUUCCCGCUGCCCAAAAAGGAAGAAAAUAAGGGGUUGAUUGUUGGCUUUUUAAUUUAUUGUUAAUUUAUUACCUUUUGUGGAGUUGUAAUUAAGUUGAAAAGUAAUGUUAUAAUUUUUUUUUUUA